AACGGAGUAGCUGCUUCAUCUGAGAAGAGUAGAGCACAGAGGAGCUCCAGAGCUCCAGCCCUUCACGGAUUCGCCUUAACGGCGUCCCACGUUCUCCUCUUUUUUUUUUUUAAAUUAUCCUUUAAAUCACACACUCGUCGCGGGAGAAGGACGUACCAGUGGACGACUGUAUCAUUUCUUGCAGUGUUCUUCUCACCCAUGAUGAGUGGAGCGACGUACGACAGGAAGCUAUCCGGCAUUUCUGCUGAUCUCUCCAGCUCUAUGAGCUGCCACCCGGGUUCCAAGGACUCGCCUACUCUGCCCGAGUCCUCGGCCACGGACAUGGGCUACUACACAGCACAGCAGGGCCACCAUGACUACUACCCGGGUCAGGCGUACGCACAAGGGCCGCACAACGCCUCCUACCACCAGUUUAACGUGUGCGCUAUGAGCGGCGCGGCUCCCUACGGCGCCAAGGCCGAGUACCCUUACGGCAACGCGUACCGCCACCAGUACGCCCAGUACAGCAGAGAGGGACACACACCACCCCAAAACGCAGUGAAAGAGGAGCCAGAGACUGAAGUUCGGAUGGUGAACGGAAAACCCAAGAAAGUGCGCAAACCGCGUACCAUCUACUCCAGCUACCAGCUCGCGGCGCUGCAGCGGCGCUUCCAAAAGGCGCAGUACCUCGCGCUCCCGGAGAGAGCAGAGCUGGCUGCACAGCUCGGCUUAACACAGACACAGGUGAAAAUAUGGUUCCAGAACCGGAGGUCCAAGUUCAAGAAGCUGUACAAGAACGGCGAGAUCCCUCUGGAGCACAGUCCCAACGCCAGCGACUCCAUGUCGUGUAACUCGCCGCCCUCGCCCGCGCUCUGGGACACCGGCGCGCACGCGAACCCGGUGGGCCGCGGUCACGUGACGCCGGUCGCGCUCAGCUCGUCGACGCCGCCCUACCCGGAAGACUACAGCAGCGCGUGGUACCAGCAGCACGCCGGCCCCCCGCAAAGCGUCUACUGACCACAGACUUUUCACUCCAAGAGUUUAAUAUAAAAAUGAAAAACAAAAGGGACUGGACUUUAUUUUUGUAAUCUUUAUAUACACGAGCGCCUAGGCUGUUCGUAUGAAGAUAAGCUGAAAGAGAGAAAGAGAGAGAGAGAGAGAAAAACAUCAAAACAAAACAAACAAACAAACAAACAAACAAAGCGUGCUGAAAACACUUGAUUGUUUUUUUUUUCUCUGAUAAAAAAGUGACUGAUUAAAAGUUUGAUCAGCCUCAGAAGAGAAGGAGAAGAGGAGAGGAGGAGAAGGGAGAGAAGAAGAAGGAGAAGAGAAAGAGAAGAGAAGAGAAGGAGAAGAGAAGGAGAAGGAAGAGAAGGAAGAGAAGGAACACACAUUGUGUUGCAGCAAUAUUUCACCAGCUCGACUAUGCAGAUCCUAGGCCUAAAGUUAUAUGGCGUGGUUUUAAAUUAUUUUACUUACUCAAUCCCUUAUUCAUAUUGAUGUUUACGGAUAAUUGUUUUUGUUUACAUGAGGAAAGAUACAGUAGUCCCCAACAUUUGUGCAGUUGCCCGACACACAUACCACAAUGUCACUCCGCUUCAGAGACUCAGGACAUAAGUUAUAUCAAUUUGUACAAAAUGUAGUUGUGUAUAUACAGUAUAUAUAUGUGUGUGUGCGCGCGCGAGCGUGUGUGUAUGUGUGUGUGCGUGUGUGAGAGUGUGUUUAAAUAAAACAGAACCACUAAACAAUACUGUUUAUAAACCCCCGCGUUUUUAUAGAGGAUUCUCGUGCUUUUAUUGUAAUGUUGUUUCAGGAUGAAUAAAUGCAAAUCUGAACUCAUGUAAA